AGUCACGUGGUGCGCAUGUCGAAGGUCACGGCGCGCUCACAAUGGAGCUCUCGCGAGUAUGUGCAGAGAGGCUUCCAGACGCUGGCGGAUCCCGGCUCCUUUGACUACGCCUUCGCGCUUCUCCUCCGGGCGGCUUUCCAGAGCCUGCUUGGACGCCCGGCGGACGAGGCCGCGCUAGAUCACCCAGGCUUGAAACACAUCGACCCCGCGGUUUUAAAGCAUUGUCAUGCAGCUGCUGCAACUUACAUACUGGAGGCAGGAAAGCACCGAGUUGACAGAUCUACUCUAAGCACUUACCUAGAAGACUGUAAAUUUGACCAGGAUCGGAUAGAAAUAUUUUGUACGGAAUAUCAGAAUAAUAAGAAUUCUCUUGAAAUCCUGCUGGGAAGUAUAGGCAGAGCUCUCCCUCAUGUAACUGAUGUUUCCUGGCGCUUGGAAUAUCAGAUAAAGACCAAUCAACUUCAUAAGAUGUACCAACCUGGAUAUCUGGUGACCUUAAAUGUAGAGAACAGUGACUCCCAGUCCCAUCCAGAGAUCAGCUUUAGUUGCAGCAUGGAAACAGUUACAGGUACAGACUUGGUGGGAAAACUUAAGGAUGCUUCAAAAAGCCUGGAAAGAGCAACUCAGCUGUAACUUGGGACCACAGGAGCCCAGAGGAAAACCAGACGCGCCUUGCCUCCUGCAGGACCAUCGGAGCUGGAUGUCAUUUUCAGGACAAAAAGAGCGCCCUUUCGAAGUUACGGCACCCAUCAAUUUUUGACACUUUUUUUACACAUGUGAAAUGGUUAAGAGAGAAACUCUUAAAGCUUCUGAAUUUUCAGUAUUAACUAGCAUUCCUUUCUGAGCGUUUUCAAGCUCUAUCUAAGUAUCGGUCCCCGAAUAAAUAAGGUGGUGUUCCCACCGAAGGGCGGUA